UUAUGGACACUGUCGGGAUUUCCUUGAAGCCACUAUAAGACUUAUCUCAAUUCCCUUCCUUUUCUCCACACCCAAUUCACUCACAACAUAGUUAGUGAACAGUAUCUCCUAAACAAAGAAUGGCUUCAAGAACCACAAGUUCCAUAUCCCUUUUCUUGGCUCUCAAUCUCCUCCUUUUCACAACAAUCUCCGCCUGCGGUAGCUGCUCUCCGUGCGGUGGAGGUUGCCCUUCUCCCAAGCCAAAGCCAACCCCUGAACCUAAACCAACCCCAAGCCCUAGCUCUGGCUCGAAAAAGUGCCCUAAAGACACCCUCAAGUUUGCUGUCUGCGAUAAUGUACUCAAAACCGUCUUCCAUUACACCCUUGGCAAGCCACCAGUCGAGCCAUGCUGCAGCCUCAUCCAAGGACUCGCCAAUCUUGAAGCAGCCGUUUGCCUCUGCACCGCCCUUAAGGCUAAUGUUCUUGGAAUCAACUUGGACCUCCCAAUCACUCUCAGUCUGCUCCUCAAUGUUUGCAGCAAAGAGCUUCCUCCUGGCUUCCAAUGCGAAUAACCAUAUUGAUAUAUAAUUUAAACGCUUUUAUAUGUAUAUUUUAUCUUCUUGUUUUUAAAGAGACAAGGUGAAUCAAUGUACUCUUAUUAUUGUGUCUUUAUAUAUCUUAAUAUGUGGUUUCUUCUAUUCUUCUUGUUAAUUAUGGUGUUCACUGGAGUCUUUUAUGUCUCUGUCUGUGUGGUCCGUAAGACUUAAGAAUUACAUUUUCAUUGUUUCCUAUUACUCUUAUUGGGGAUAUUGAUGUAUUGGUUCGUAUUGCGAUUCUAUGAAUUAAUAAAACAUUAAAUUUUCUGAAAA